UAGACACCAUUGCACUCUGUCAAAAUUUGACUACACGUUACAUCCGGUUUGUCUGAACUCGCUGGCAGUCAUGGCUGCGUUUGGUGAAAUGGGCGUUAUGCCAGAGAUCGGGCAAGCGGUUGAGGACUUGGGUUGGCUCCUCCCGACUGACAUCCAGGCGGAGUCUAUUCCCUUAAUUCUCGGAGGAGGAGACGUCCUCAUGGCGGCUGAAACCGGCAGCGGCAAAACUGGCGCCUUCAGUAUCCCACUGAUCCAGAUUGUCUAUGAGACCAUGAAGGACCUGCAGGAAGGGAAGAAGGGCCGGGCCGCGGUCAAGACUGGGGGUGCAGUUUUCAGUAAAUGGCAGAUGAACCCUUAUGACCGAAGCACAGCUUUUGCCAUCGGUCCUGAUGGUAUGUGCUGUCAGAGCCGGGAGUUUAAGGAGUGGCACGGCUGCCGCUCAACCCAGGGCAUCACUAAAGGAAAGUACUACUAUGAGGUGACAUGUCAUGAUCAGGGACUGUGCAGAAUUGGCUGGUCAACAAGCCAGGCCGCACUGGAUUUAGGUACUGAUAAAUAUGGCUUUGGAUUUGGUGGGACAGGGAAGAAAUCCAACAACAAGCAGUUUGACAGCUAUGGAGAGGAGUUCACCAUGCAUGACACCAUCGGGUGCUACCUGGAUCUGGACAAAUCUCAGAUCUCCUUCGCUAAAAACGGUAUCGACCUGGGUCUCGCCUUCACCAUCCCGCAACAGCUUAAAGGCCAGGCCUUCUUUGCUUCCUGUGUGCUUAAGAAUGCUGAGCUGAAGUUUAACUUUGGAGGCGAGAGCUUCAAGAACAAGCCUGCAGAGGGCUUUGUAGCUCUGGAUCAAGCACCUGAGGGACACGCCAUUAAAUCCACCCAGACAGGGAGUGCAGGGAGUGCUAAAGUGAGCCAAGUAAAAGCCAUGAGUAACGCCCCUAAGGCCAUCAUCAUUGAGCCGUCUAAGGAGUUGGCUGAGCAGACCCACCGCGUGGUCAACCAGUUCAAGAAGUUUGUGGACGAUCCUAAAGUAAGAGAUCUGCUGGUGAUUGGAGGUGUGGCAGCCAAGGAGCAGCUGGCAGUACUAGAACAGGGGGUGGAUAUUGUAGUGGGAACUCCUGGUAGGAUGGAGGAUCUCAUCUCUACAGGGAAGCUCAGCCUCUCCCAAGUCCGCUUUUUCGUACUGGAUGAGUGUGAUGGUCUUCUCUCGGCUGGCUACACAGACUUCAUCAUGAAGAUCUACAACCAGAUCCCCCAGGUCACCUCUGAUGGGAAGAGACUGCAGGUGAUUGUGUGCUCUGCGACACUGCACUCCUUCGACGUGAAAAAGCUGUCAGAGAAGAUCAUGCACUUCCCCACCUGGGUGGACUUGAAGGGGGAGGACUCUGUCCCCGAGACCGUCCAUCACGUGGUGGUCCCCGUUAACCCCAAGACAGACAAACUGUGGGAGAAACUGGGCAAGAAUCACAUCAGGACUGAUGAGGUCCACGCCAAAGAUAACACUCGGCCAGGAACUAACAGCCCAGAGGCGUGGUCGGAGGCCAUUAAGAUCCUGAAGGGUGAAUAUACGGUGCGUGCCAUCAAGGAGCACAAGAUGGACCAGGCCAUCAUCUUCUGCAGAACCAAGAUCGACUGCGACAACAUGGAGCAGUACUUCAUCCAACAGGGUGGAGGACCCGAUAAAAAAGGCAGCCUGUUAUCCUGUGUCUGUCUCCAUGGUGACCGAAAGCCAAACGAACGCAAGACCAACCUGGAGCGAUUCAAGAAGGCGGAAGUGAAGUUUCUGAUCUGCACAGACGUGGCAGCCAGGGGCAUCGACAUCCAUGGCGUGCCCUUCGUGAUAAAUGUCACCCUGCCUGAUGACAAACUGAAUUACGUUCACCGCAUCGGUCGAGUGGGUCGAGCUGAGAGGAUGGGUCUGGCCAUCUCACUGGUUGCCAUGGAGAAGGAGAAGGUGUGGUACCACGUGUGUGCAAACAGAGGCCGAGGAUGCUACAACACCAGGCUGAAAGAGGAUGGAGGAUGCACCAUCUGGUACAACGAGAAGCAGCUGUUGUCUGAGGUUGAGGAGCACCUGAACUGUAUCAUCACACAGUGUGAGCCCGACGUUAAAGUUCCCCUGGACGAAUUUGACGGCAAGGUGACCUACGGCCAGCGCAGAGCAACAGGAGGUGGCCAGUAUAAGGGUCAUGUGGAUAUCUUGGCUCCUACUGUGCAGGAGUUGGCCACCCUGGAGAGAGAGGCUCAGACAUCCUUCCUACACCUGGGAUACCUGCCCAACCAGCUGUUCAAAGCCUUCUAACACACACACACACACACACACACACACACACACACACACACACACACACACACACAGAGAGGGUCCCUGCCCAAGCAGCUGUUCAAAGCCUUUUAAAUCACACACACACACACACACACACACACAUAUAGGGUGCCUGCCCAACUAGCUGUUCACACACAUACACAAAGACAUACCUGGGACACCUGCCCAAGCAGCUGUUCAAAACUAGAAUGCACACACUUUUGGGAUAUCUGCCCAAUCAGCUGUUCAGAGUGUUCCAAGCGUGUCUGCCUGGGAGUACACAUACCUACUAAGACAACUGUUCAGAUCUCUCUCACUCACACACACACACACACUCACACACACAUGCACACACCUCUACAGACAUGAGCAGCUGCCUGUAUGACCACGCCCCAUCAGCUGUGUGUGUGUGUGCAUUCAGUAGCUCAUAGCUCCUGACUGCAUCAUCUGACCGUGGCCACGUUGGUAUGCAGCCAGACCUUACAGCUACCAUUUAUAUGUGUGCUUAACGGUAAACACUAAUGCACUUCUGUGUCCUUAAGUAGAGAACUCCUGAGUUAGUCUUGUGUUUACUGAAAGAGAUACAUCACCCUGAAACAAGUGUUGGGGCAAAGCUUGUACGUGACAGGAGUACAAGAGCUUUUGAUUUUGGAGAUGUAUUUGUUUUUUUGUCCUUCAGAAGGACGAAGAUAUUUUUGAGUUGUGCCUAAUGGCGUUUAUUCACUAAAUAAAGCUAUGGUAUGAAUAUA